UCCCGCUCCUCCUCUCCUCCUUCUUCUCCUUCUCCUCCUUCUCCUCCUCUCCCUCGCUCCCAGCAUGGGGUCUCCAACUUGUUUUUCAAUCAUUGUUUCCUGCAACUUCUUUCUAUUCCCCCCCAAAAAGAGAACAGAGAGGGCUAGGGUAAAGGGGCGAGAGAGAGGGUGAGCGAGGGAGACUGAGAGCAUAGGAGAGGGAGGGAGGGAAUGUGAACGCAAAGCACUAUAAAGAAACAUUCUUUAAAAAAGAAAACACAUUCUUUAUUACAAUCUGCGAAUAACUUAGCACAGGUCUGAUCCGCUAGGCAAAGAAAAAAGAGUGCUGCGGACUUGUCGAUUGCUUGGUUGGGUCUUUUGGGGAAGCUGUUUCCUCGGACAUUGUUGCAAACUGGACACGAGUUACAGAAGAGCGAUCCUGAGAGGAAGAACUUUUCCAACUGAAGAUGCAUCUCUCACUGUGGCUGUUUUGGCUAGCAUGCUUGUGCACUUGGGCGGAGGCUUCUGGUCGCUGUCAGUGCCGCUGCACCUGCUUACCCGAGGAGGAGCAACAGCCGCAGGUGGUGCAGGGGUCAGAAAGGUCAGUGGGCAGAAGGCGUGACCACCAUCGCCUGGCACACGAGCGUCCAUCAAGAAAAGACAGAGGUCAUCGCAGGAAAGGUCCCAGGCUGCGUCCAGAUGAAGGAGUCCCGCGAAUAGUGCAUCACCCCUCUGAUGUGGUAGUGCGGGAGGGCAAUCCUGCCACGCUGUCCUGCAGGGCUGAGGGCAACCCAGAACCCUCCAUCCAGUGGCUGCGCAACGGCAUCCCCAUGGAGCCUGAGAAGAUGGAUGGACAGUCUCGGCCCAUGGUCCUGCCUGAGGGCAGCCUUUUCUUCCUAAGCGUGGUCCCUGGGAGGAAGAGCCAGUCACAUGAAGCAGUGUAUGCCUGCAUUGCCCGGAACAGUGCUGGCACCGCAACCAGCAGAAAUGCCUCUCUACAUAUAGCAGCGUUACGUGAUGAGUUCCGUGUGCAGCCCAGUGAUGUGGAAGUCACCAUGGGUGAAGUAGCUGUGAUGAACUGCAGCCCACCCGUAGGGCAUCCAGAACCCAACAUCUCCUGGAAAAAAGAUGGCGUCCUCAUUAACCUUGCAGACGACCACUACACAGAGCUGAAUGGGAAACUGAUAAUUGCUCCAGCUCAGAGACAGGAUUCUGGAGUGUAUGUCUGUGUGGCCACAAACAUCAUUGGAGUCAAAGAAAGUAAUGCAGCCAUUCUCUCUGUUUUGGAGAAGCCAGCAUUGCUGCUUGAGCCACAGGACGUCACUGUGGGCCUGGGUGAGUCAGCUCAUUUCUUCUGUGAAGCGCAAGGAGACCCUGUGCCUGUAGUGAAGUGGAGCAGGGAGCAGGGAGCGCUACCUAACGGCAGGUAUUUGGUUAAUCCAGACCAGAGUCUUCAGCUCCACUAUGUGACAUUGCAGGAUGCAGGCAGGUACACCUGUACUGCAACCAGUGAUAUAGGGGUGGCUACAGCCAGCGCUCAGCUAGUUGUGGAAGGCAGCAGCAGUCAAAGGGAUCUGCAUAAAGAACUCUCAGCCCUACGGGUCAGUUUGGAGAACGUCACUGUCCUAAGAACUGCAUCCAAUGUCUCACAGGUCAUGUGGAAGCUUCAGUCAUUACCCUCCCAGCCGCACUACCUGGAAGGCUUUGAGGUGCUGUACCGCUCCCUGCUGCCUGCCAGUUCAGACUGGGCUGCUCAGAGGGUCCCUCAGCCUGCAUUACAGACACACGUGGGGCCCCUAAAGAGAGGCUACAAGUACGAGUUUAAAGUUCGGCCAUAUGGGAGUGAUUUAUAUGGCAGAGAGAGCAACACCAGACACCUCAGAGUACCAGAGACAGUGCCCAGCACUCCUCCUCAGGAAGUGUCCAUAAUGAUGCCCACAGACCGUAACGACACAGCCCAUCUGAGCUGGCUGCCCCCACCUCAUGACGCUCACAAUGGGAUCAUUCAAGGAUACCAGGUGUGGUGUGUCCAACAAGAAGAGCAGCAGUACCUGAACUGGACAGUGGACAGUGGCACACACAAUCUGGAGAUUAGCCAACUGCAGCCUGGCAAACACUACUGGAUCAGAGUGGCGGCGGUCAAUGGGGCCGGGAUCGGAGUGCAAAGCAAUCCAUACAAACUGAUAAUAGAAUCUAAGAAGCCAUCAACAUCCUUUCACAAAAAUGCACUGAAUCUAUCUGAUGUUGUGGCAAUAAUGAAGGAGCCAAUAUUUAUUGGCAGCAUUGGCGCCCUCUUGUGGUGCGUGCUGAUGGCUACAGCUAUUUAUCUAUACAGAAAACACAUCAGACCAUCCAAUCUGGGAGGAGGACAUCACAAGAAGCCUGGAUUGUAUCGAUUGGCUAGUGAGGAUUUAAUCAUCAAGCACAGGAUGGCAGCUCCAGAUUCUCCAUGGAUCUCCGGAUCUUGGAGGCCAGACUCCAACAGUGAGCAGUACCAGAGUCUGUGGACACAGAACAAACAGGAGAAUGCAGGCCUGAAGAGAAGCACUCUACCCAUAACAGCCAAACCCGACUCCAGCCCUCUGGAGGCAGCUGUCCCCAUUGUGCCCGACAACUGCGGAGUCUACGGCACCUUCUACGUGGAUCUGACCGGGAACAAGCUGAAAACAUUUAACAGCCCGGCCCAACGGCCCAAAAUGCCCCACAACAAUACCCAGCAGCUUCCCAGCUCAGAGACCAUCCGCAUCACUCAACCUGUAGCCAAGGCACCGGUAGUCAGGGAGGGGCAAGUGAUGCCAUGGAAACGGGCUCUGCCAUGCCAGCCUAAUAUGGGCAUUCGAAAGGAAUCAUGGGAGAAGAACUUUAAACGAGAGCUGCAUGCAGUAAACAGUGCUCCAUUAGUUCCCCUGCAUCAACAGGCCCUGGUGGUGCGCAACGCCCCUAUCAAUCAUAAACACAGGCUCAGCCAGCAUCCAGGAGGGGUCUCAGAGGGCGUGAAGCCGUUCGGUUCUCCCAGAAUCCUACACUACUCAGCCUCACUGCACUUAGUGGACAUGCUGCCCAAUCCUCCUCCUCUGCCAAUGGAGGACAGCCAGAGUGUCAGCUCUGAGGAAGGGUCCAGCCGGUCCACUAAGCUGACGGUGGAUGCUGGUUCCCUGCAGUCUGUGUGUGCUGCCUCCACCCUGCAGGGUCCUGCUACUGUGGCAACAGGCUGCCCCUCCCAACGAAGCCCCUCCUACAGCCACCUCUCUACUGCAUCCUUCUGCCUAUCCACUGAUGAUAAUCAGGAUACCCUCAGUACACAGGCACACGAGUACCUGGAACUGAGCCCUAAACCACUCAGACGCAGUACCCUGUCUGAGAAGCCCCCCUCCUUGCCCCGUCCAUUCUCCCCUACACCCACUUUCGGCUACAUCUGUGGGCCCUCUGAGCGUGAGGUGGUGGAUGUGGACGAUGAGUCUCAGUCAGUGGGGUUCAGGAGCACUGCCCUGAGAAGCACGCCCUCCUCCUGCUGCAGCGAAUGGGAGGGCUCGCUGUGGAACGGGUGGGGAUCCGUCUCCGAGGGGAACAUGCCGAGUGCCCGGACCAGCAUCAUCAGCUCCUCAGACGGCUCCUUCAUGAACGACGCAAACUUCGCUCGAGUUCUGGCCAUGACUGCAGAGUCUAUGAGCGGAACUUUAUCAGAUUUCUCCCCGCCGGGCUCUCCUCUGAGCAUGCUGUUCCCCCCGCGGGACUGUUUCGGGGAGGUGGACCCCCUGCCCGUGUGGGACUGGAAUACAGCCUGGGUGGAGGAGAUGGAGGCCCAGUUCAGAGCAUCCAGAGAAGGCAGAGACGGCAGAGAGGGCAUGGGGUUGUCCAGACGGGAGCACUGGGGAGAUCUGCCACACAGCAAGCUGGCCCUCCACAAAACUAACUCACAGCGAUGAUCACACUCCUCACACCGAGGAGAGCGGCACCGGACUACAUUUCUCACCAUCUCAACAGCCUCAGAAAAUUUUUUAUGUUGGCACUACAUUUCCCAUAGUCCUCUGUAGCAGUUGGUCGUUGUGAAUUAAUGUUGCAUUUGGGUGGACCUCAACAAGCUCUGGUAGCUGGUAUAAUAUUCAACACAAACACAUACACACACAUACAUACAGUAUCUGUUACAGUAUACACACAUGCUGGAACACACAUGUGUCGGAAGUUGUUUAAAGCUUUUUAUCUGAACAUCAAGUGUGCUUUGCCUUUAAAUUCUAUGUACAAAAAGUACAGUUCGGACAAAAUAUAGAUAUUGUGUUUUAAAUAUUAUUGAUACAUUUCAUAAAAUAUCUGUUUUGUAAACCCACAGUUAGUUUGAACUCAAAUUAAGUAAAAUUAUGUAAAAUUUGAUAUUUCCAACCAUCACUCAACUGUUUUAAAUUAGGUAAACAUUUGUGGGCACAAAUACAUUCAAACAGAGAUAUUUGAGUUGAAUCAACUUAUAAUAACUGAGUUUAGUCUGGCUUCUGACCCAAUCUAUUUGCAUACUGGGAGUCCCCCUCAUUUUCUGACACUUAUCAUCAGUGUGUAGUGAUUCCCCCAGGCUACCUUAAGUAAACUUGUAGAUCAUAUAUUAUGAAGAACUGUUUGGCCUUUAUGUUGUAGGCUGUAAGAGCAUGCAUCAUUUUCGGAGCUACUAACUUUAACUCUGUGUUGGCUGUGUGCUCUAUACUGUUCUCUCUAUAACAUUUUUGUUUUAUCUUCAUCUAGUUUUCUAUACAUAUUUCAAAUCUGUAUUUUACUUAAACAAAAUCAAAGAAAAUACUAUAUACAAAUCAUUUUAUUUCACCUGACCAUGGUCAUGACCAUGAAGUAAAAUUAUUAUGUAAAGCAUAUUACAUAUUAUAUUACAUAUUGCAUAUUAUGUAAAAAAAAAAAAAAAAAAAACCCAUAAAAAUCAAUUAAAUUAACAUAAAAUUUCGGCAUAAAAAGUUUUUAUAACCAUAUUUCAUAACCAGUCUCCUUAAAUAAUUUAAGUAAAUUCAACUUAUCCAGGCUUUCAGUGUACAUAGAUGUUCUAAACUGUGUGAUAUAGCCACAGUGCAGUUAUAAGUUCAUCCAAAUGAAAAUGGAACCAGUAAAGCUUUCCUUUUUAGCAUGCUUUACGGGACCUACAAGCUGACACAUGGCUACAUUCUCAACAUUACUAGACUUGAAGUGUUUUUAACCUCUUUUACCUUUUUUGCCUUAUCAUAAUCAUCCUUAAAGAAGAAUGAUUAACCAAAAUGUGUCCACUAUAGCUCGCUAGUGUACUGACAUCUAUCUGCAAGGUUCUGAACAUAUUUAUUUACCACAGAAUGUCAUAGAAGUGUUUUUUGAAAACCCAAUUUAAGACUGAGGUUAGACCCUGAGUCCAAGUAUGGGCAUAAACAACAUAGUGCUGUUUGCCUGUUAAUAAGCAGACUCAAAUCAUUUACAACAUCCAACAUUACAAUCACUGAUCAUUUUACUACAUCACAGCUAUUCUACUUGUGUUUAAGACUUUUCACUGAAUUAAAAGUUUAUGAGGCCGACCCAAAUGCAAAUUGAGCCGUAGAUGUGAUGGAUUUUUUUUAGGAAAGUCAGGAAAACAAUAAAAGCAAACAUUUCUUUUUCUUUUCUUUUCUUUUUAUUUUUUUUGCAGUGUGUUUCAGGUUGCUUGUGGUUGUUUCAGCUUCAGACUGAAAUGAAAACUAUGACUAAAGGACUGUAACUCAAACUGUUUUUUUUUUUUAAAGAAUCUCAUGUAAAUAAGUCACGUUUUAUUUAAUAUGCAGUAUAUUUUGAGCAAUUUGAACAACACAGUGAGUUGAUUUGUUUGUCUUUUGUUUAUUUGUUUGUUUGUUUUUCAUAAAGGUAUAAAGGUUCUCUUCAAGUUUUUUUUAGGUUCAUAGAUGCAAAUAUAGUUGAUUCUUAUAUUUUCUUGUUGGUAUUUUUGUGUUUUAUUAUGAAUUUAAACAGAAAAACAGUGACCUCAGCUAAGAUUGGAAGCGAAACGGGAGUUAAUUGAAUUGUUAAAACACUUGUAGUGUUGUUAUAUAACUUUUAUAUUGUUUUAUUAUAUUAAGAUUAAGACUUAUUUCUCUGUGGAUUUAUCAUGUGUAUUUUUGAAUAGAUUGUUGUACUAAAAUGCUACUUUACAUGUUUUAUAUUUACUAAUUUUCCCACAUUUUUUCCCUUAAAGCCUUUUUAAUACAAAUAAACUGCAGCUUGGUGAUAGCA